CCGUUGGUUACAGUCUGAUUUUCAUCGUUGGAAAAAUCAGUCGAUUUUUUUCGGUCGUGCCUCAGUUGGACUCCAGGUAUUAUUGGUGUUACAGAGGAUCAGAGCCAGGAUAGUUACAGCAUUCUCAUGCAUUUUAGUUUUCCAAAGUGGUAUUAUUAAUUUUGGUGCACUCGUGGAUGUGUUAUGCAUCGGUAUGCCAUGUGAGGGCACAAUUUUCCAAUUCCACUUUCGGUAUUGUCAGCCAUUAUGCUUUUCCAAAAUUAGAAUUGAGUGUGUGGAAAAAUUCAACUCCCCGGCUCGGUGGUAAGGAAGGACAUUUGGAGCGAGCGAAGAGAGCUUUUUAUAGCUAUCCGACAGAAGGAAUGCAUUGCAUCGGGGUCGUUACGAGGUCAUUGUAGUCGAACUGAAGUGAGAGGUAUUCUGGGUCUUUGAAAAUAACUUCAAGCGCAGUUUCAGAAUGCUAGAGUUGUUCUGUAACCUAGUUAAGUGCACCUGAAGGGAGAUGAUUAUGUAACUAGCAUUGAGUACGUGUUGUGCUUCGAGCGAUAUUUUGGAGAGUAACGCUGAAUCCUGCUGUAUUGGAAAUAGGAAAAAAAGUGAAGCUGUGUUUGUUCGCGUGUUCGCGUCUAUUUCCAUUCAUAUAUACAUUUUCGUAAAUUCGGAAGUCUCUGAUCCUGGUGAUGAGUAAAACGACCACUCUCAACUCAAACAAAUAGGGAAUAGUAUCGUCAUCACAAUUAUUACUAGUUCAUGUGUAUUAAGUGAGAUAGUGUACAUCGAUGCCACCUGGAGGAUCAUCGGAUCGUUAUUGUUCAUUCUUCAAUUGGCUGGAGCAAUUCGAGGCAACAUUACGGUGAAGGCGCACAUGUGCGGGCUACGUUUCAGAACAAGAAACUCUCCGUCUCAAAAGACAUCUUUACGUUGGGGCGACAGCUGCUCUCCAUAAACAGUUUAACCGUACCGGGAUCCCACCAUAGUAAUUGGCUCCAUAUCCAUCGCUGCUUGAAUGCAUCACUCUGAGACUAACGGCUGCUAGAGAAGUGGACUAUAAAUCACCAAAACAACAAAAAUAUAUAUUGUUACGAAAUCGUCUUCGUGUGUUCAAUACGAGGGCAGUAACAGAAAACAAAAAUGAUUGCUGCUAAUGUGUUAAAUACUAGUGCUAAGACCAAAGUUUUAUGCGUAAAUUAUCUGUGAUGUGUUUGAAAGUCUUCAAAUCAGUGUCCUAAGAUUUCAAGGUACGAUUAAGGUGUCUUCGCCAUCCUAGUAUAUCUCAAUCACGUACGGAAAGUGGGAAUGAAAAGGAUUUCGGUGUACUGUUUUUCCUAAGAAUCAUCCUCCAUCCUCUGGCUGGUCUCUAGAGAGCGAAUGAAAAAACCUUGAUCGUUUCAUUUGGAAUACCUGUUACUAUAAUCGAAACUGAACAGCCAACGACUCUCCUCCAGGCGGCCACUGUAAAUUCGAAAACAAAAUCAUAAACUUAACGACAAAUGGCAGCAUCAACACAUCCCGAAGGGUAGUCAUUGCAAAGACAACGAAGUGGAAAAAUCACCAAAAAUCAACAACACGCUCUUUUGAUCCCACACAAAGCUUUAAGUAUUAUUAAGCCACCGAAAUAAAAAUCGUCCAGUUCACCCUGAUAGAAUAAUACUCAUUCCCUCAUUCUGUCAUACCUAAACGCUCUGGUCAGCGAUACAAACGAGACAAAUCCCAUCAACGUGGUCAGUCCUACAAAUCUCGGUUGAUGUUAUUAGAUUGAUAAAUUGCAACUUAAUUGGAUCGCGACAGUUGGCGGAAACGAGGAAAGGAAACGUUGCGGACAUCAAUACAGCAAUAAAGACGCACUCAUCAACAGACAGAGGCUAAAUAAAGCUUUUCCAAGAUGAUUAACAUCGCCGGUGUUAUCAGUAUCGUUCUGUUCUAUAUCCUGAUUCUGGCAGUCGGAAUAUGGGCCGGCCGGAAGAAGGAAGCUGGCAAUGAUUCGGAGGAGGAGGUUAUGCUCGCUGGACGAUCGAUUGGACUAUUUGUCGGCAUCUUCACAAUGACGGCGACAUGGGUUGGCGGAGGCUAUAUCAACGGCACGGCGGAAGCAAUCUACACAUCCGGACUGGUUUGGUGCCAAGCACCGUUUGGGUACGCACUUAGUUUAGUUUUUGGCGGGAUCUUUUUCGCCAAUCCGAUGCGAAAGCAAGGUUACAUAACCAUGUUGGACCCGCUGCAGGACAGCUUCGGCGAGCGGAUGGGAGGAUUGCUGUUUUUGCCAGCUCUUUGCGGAGAGGUAUUCUGGGCUGCCGGUAUUUUGGCCGCCCUCGGAGCGACACUGUCCGUUAUCAUUGACAUGGAACAGGAGCCUUCGGUUAUCCUGUCAGCGUGUAUCGCGGUAUUCUAUACCCUCUUCGGAGGGUUAUACUCGGUGGCGUAUACCGAUGUCAUACAGCUGUUCUGCAUUUUCAUCGGAUUGUGGAUGUGCAUUCCGUUCGCCUGGACCAACGAUCACGUCAAGAGUUUGUCGUCGAUGGACGUGGACUGGAUCGGCGAAAUUGGCGAAGGUUAUCACUGGUACUAUGCGGACUAUGGUCUGUUAUUGAUUUUCGGAGGCAUCCCGUGGCAGGUAUACUUUCAACGAGUGCUGUCUAGUAAAACAGCUGGGCGAGCCCAGAUUCUAUCAUAUGUUGCAGCAUUCGGAUGCAUAUUGAUGGCAAUUCCUCCAGUACUAAUUGGAGCUAUAGCAAAAGCUACACCUUGGAAUGAAACUGACUACAAGGGACCCUGGCCGCUAACCGCUCAAGAAACCAGUAUGAUUCUUCCGAUGGUGUUACAAUACUUGACACCAGAUUUCGUAUCCUUCUUCGGCUUGGGAGCCGUCUCCGCCGCCGUUAUGUCCUCUGCAGACUCUUCAGUAUUAUCGGCCUCCUCAAUGUUCGCACGUAAUGUGUAUCGGUUAAUUUUUCGGCAACGAGCCUCCGAAAUGGAAAUCAUCUGGGUGAUGCGUGUGUCGAUUCUAGUGGUGGGCAUACUCUCCACUAUCAUGGCACUAACGAUACCCUCGAUUUAUGGCUUAUGGUCCAUGUGUUCUGACUUGGUGUACUGCAUUCUUUUUCCUCAGCUGCUGAUGGUUGUCCAUUUCAAGAAGCAUUGCAACACGUAUGGUAGCUUGGCUGCCUACAUUAUCGCCUUCCUUGUGCGAUUGUCCGGUGGGGAGGCGAUGCUUGGACUGCCAGCGUUGAUCCACUAUCCGGGUUACGUCGAGGAAACCGGAACGCAAAUGUUCCCCUUCCGAACGAUGGCUAUGUUGUUGAGUCUGAUCACGUUGAUAGGCGUAUCCUGGUGGACUAAAUGGGUAUUUGAGACUGGACGCUUGGCCCCGAAUUAUGACUAUUUCCGCUGUGUGGUGAAUAUACCGGAAGAAUUGCAUCGAGUUGGGGAGCCAUCAGAUUCAGGAGAACAGUUGUCAGUUAUGGCAGGUGGAAUGACGCGCAUGUACGGAGCGGCCACUAUGGUCGGUAAGGACGAACGGAACGGACGAAUCAAUCCCGCUCUCGAGGCAGACGACGACCUUCCGGUAGUCGAGGCACAGCGACAAAUGCAGCAAAUUCAGUCCGCCGGAGGUGGGGGCGGUGGUGUCCUACAAGCGGGCGGUAGUGUAGUUCCUGGUGCACACAAUCCGCUACACGGACAGACGGCAUUCUGAAAUUCGAUGACGCAAUAAGUUUGCUGCUGCCUGCAUUGCACUGCAAACAAGACUAGGCCAUUUUGAUUUGCGAAAUAGCGGGGAAUGGGAGGAGAUGAUUUCCUCGUGGAUUUUUGUUCUCAAAACUUUCGACAGAAUAGGUUGAAUGAUGUGACAAAAUCAGCAACUGAAACAUAUCAAAGACGAAAACUAGUGUAUAGUUAUCAUCUAUGGAACAGAAACAUAUCAGAUUAGUCGUUAAGAUGUUAGCAAAUCCUAAGAUAACGCUAACUUUAAUCCUAGACAAAUUGUUUGUUGUUUGAAUAUCGCUGUUUGGAUAAGGUUGUUAUAAUGAGUGUAUGCAAUAAGGUUCUCUAUCCGAAUUCAAAGUUGAUCGGUUCGUUAAACUCAGUAAUUUUUUAUGCAUGAUUAUUUUUAUUUAUUCAUUUGGAUAGUGAGAACGUGAGAACGCAAAUGUCGAUUAUCAGAAUCAGGGAAACUAGUUCAAAUGUUUUAGUUACCGCAGAUCACUUGUGUGCUACAAUAUAGCUGUUAAUUAUGGAAAAGAGUUUCCCAAGAACGUGGAAUAGAAGUGUUUACAUUGUUACCGGUUCCGAUAUGUUACUUGUAAUAUUUUCGAUAUUUUUUGAGAUAGUGAGAUGGCACAGAGUUGAAGGUUCAACGGUUUUAAUAUAUUUCUAAAUCACAAAAGGUGCUAGUAAAAAUACUGGAACAGAGUUUUGAGCGCUAUGGCCGAGACUAGGAUUAUUUUCAGAUUGUUUGUUUAGGUAAACGAAUUUUGUCGCUUCAAAUCGUGUUUCGUUUAUAUAGUAUGUAAUUAUCUUUUCUCAUGUGAGAAUCCAAGAAUACGUGUAUUAAUGGUAAAGAGACAAAUACUAAUAGAACUGAUUAUAUAAUAAACACAUGUAGAAACCAUUUAACUGCGAUUAGACAGGCUAAAGUAGCUGUUGAGCAGAAACAUAAUCUCACACACUUAGACGCGAAUGAAAUGAAACAAUUACGAAAAAUGCUUUAACUAAUGCAUAUCAAUGGUGUCCUUCCAACAAACGAGAAUAAUAGAUACAUAUAUCUUUGAGCAUUAUGUACGUUUUGCCGCUCAGUGUCAUUAAAAUGAAGCAUGAAUAAUAAUCAAAAUUUAGGUCAUACAUAAUCUACACUUGCAACUUCUAUCUAUUUUCUAUUUGUGAAUUUAUUUCGUGUGCUUCUUAUCUCUUUUAUAUGCAAAAAAAUAUCAGAAGUUAUAUUGAAAAAGCUACAAAUGGGAACGGUUGGUAACUAAUAAUAAUAGUACUCAGCAGUUCCCGUUCCGUAACCUCCUUUGUAAGGCCUUUGAGAAAAAUGAUACAUAGAAUGCCAUUUGAAUAUUGAAUCUUAAUUUGUUCGAGUAGGACAUAGAUUGGAUCAUCCUCAUUUUUUGUAGCAGUCUUUGGAAUAUGCAUCGCUCUUUCGAAUAACAUUCAUUGGAGAGCUUUCUGGUUCCCGAUAAUUCAAUGAGAGAAGUAUUUUCAAUACUUUUUAUUUUCUUAAUUUUUCAACAACCUCAAAACUUCGUAAUUCAUAACAGUUCGGCUGAAAAGUUCAUAAGGUUGACGUCUAGAUGGUGCCCCUUUCAAAAAUCUACUUGACUAUCACAAAGCACCAUCUUUCAAUGGAUACGUGUCAAAAUUCGACAGCAAUCGGUCGAUCGGUUCGUGAGUUACAGCGUUAGAGUGGAGCAACUUUUGUUAUUGUGGAAAAAAAUUGAAAUUUCACAAAUCAAUGAAAACGAUGGCUAAAUUGCAUGAAUUGGGCUUCGAAUUGCUUCCGCAUCCACCGUAUUCUCCAGAUCUGGCCCCAGCAACUAUUUUCUGUUGGCAGACCUGAAGAGAAUGCUCGUUGGCAAGAAAUUUAAGACCGAUGAUGAAGUGAUUAGCGGAACUGUGGCCUUUUUUGAGGAAAAACCGAACGUGUACUAUGAAAAUGGUAUCGAAAAGUUGCAAGAUUGCUAUAAUCGCUGUAUCGCACUCGAAGGCAAUUAUGUUAAAUAAUAAAAUUGAAUUUUGCAAAAAAAAAACAACUUUUACUGUGUUACCUUAUAAACUUUUCAGCCGAACUGUUUUUUUUUUAUUGUAUACCAACAAAACAGUAAAUUACCAAAUUCAUAAUGUGUGUGCUCUAUUUCGCGAUUGAUUGUAUAGACUCAGAUGGAAACCUCUUUUUGAAUAACACAGACGAAAAUAUUUUAUUCGUUACGAAGUCAAGACUGCGAAAAUAAACUGUUGGCUUCAGAUUAAUUAUUUAAGCACGCAUUGCUUAAUACAAUUUCCAUUGAAAGUGAGCGCAGUUCACUUGAUCUUCAUUCCUAAUUUAGCACCUAGGCACAGCAAUGGUUUUCAUUUGAGCGCACCUAAACAAGAUUAUUCGCUCAAAGCUGAAGCUUUGCAUUCAACAGCAAUUAUAAUGUGUGAAACAUUUAAAUAACACGUUGUGAAAAAAAUCAAUCUCAUUGAACUCACUAAUACAUAUCAUCUGUUGUUAAUCUUGUCAUACGAUUACCAAUAUACAUAUCUUGAAUAGAGUGAAAAUCAGAGCUACAUUUGAAAGUAUAUACAUAAAAGGAGAACAAAGCUAAAAACCAAAAAAACAAUUAGAAGCUGAAAAGAAGAAAAAUGAUUACAAAACGUGUAUAUUAGGAGGAAGGGGUUUUGCAGGAUGAGGAAAAUAUCUGCGCACCAACAAUAUUGUAAUUAUAGGUAUAUAUACACAAACACAUACACCCAAACCCAAGGUUUAAAAAAACUAGAACCUAUAGUAUUAUCGUAUCUGUAUUUUGAACUCUGAAUAUUGCAGAGGAUUUAAAAGAGAUUGGACAACAAUGAAUUAUUCUUGUUAAUACAGAGAUGUAAACAUGCAGAUCGAUCCCCUCUGUUGGGAAAUAAGAGAGUGGCAUGAAUGAAUUGAGAGUUGCGGCUAGCUAAGCAGAUGGAAGUUGAAGAGAUGCGAGAGGCAAUGGAGGCGCGAGAAAAUAAUCACGAUACAUAUCAAACUAGUGAACAUUGACAGAUUUUACUCCCUAGUUAUAUUACACAGAUGGAAAUUGUAUUAUUAAUGAAAAAAAAACUAUAUAUACAAAUAUGUACACUUAACAUGCAGAAAAGCAAAUCCACAUCGAUGGAAAUGGAAACCAGAUACAUAUCAACUAUAAUAGGACUUAGAGCAUAUAUAGAGCAAAAAUUGUUGUUAAAAGGUAUUUAACGAAACAGGAAAAAACGAAAAGAAAUAUAUAAACAGACAUAUACCAAAGUGUUUGAUGUGUU